CCAAGCAGAUGAAAAAGUAGUUUGGUCAUAAAUGUAAAAAACACCUUGCUCUGCGCGGUCAGAUUUGCUAUUACAUAGAAGCCAGUUGAGUUAUUUUGCUUAUCUAACCCAAAAGAUGGGCCAGCUGACGUGAUGCCAUCCACAUUAAGGCAUUGUGUGAAAUUAAUGCAUUUGCAAAUUGAGAACCUGCCCUUGCGUGAUGGCGGAUGAAUGUGUCCGUGGGGCAGACCGCAACAUUAAUAUACCUCACCAACAGUGAAGCAUCGGCCGCCAGUGGCGUGGACGUAUCAGGAAGAGAACAGACAAAUUCACUGAAAUCAAAUUUGGGGAGUUCUGUUUCUAGAAGAGAAAAAAAGUGCCCCGGAAAGACCCGCUCGUUUCGUCAUUUUGAGAUCCGAAGGGGAGGAUUUCUUCAUUCCCAGAAAAUUUCUCCGCAUGACCCGCAUCAUUUUGGGAGGUAACAAAGUGGAGUACCCGCGUCUUUCCUCAUUCACAAAUGAUACAAUGUAACGGGCGCUUUGAUCGCAAUCAUCCGGAGCUCAUGUUUGUGUGCGCGGUAAGAUCUCAUCACAAUUCUCUCAAAUGUGAUCUGAAUGUGUUGUGCAGUGCAUGAUCUGUUGAUUUUUUUUUUUCUCUUUUUUUUUUUUCCCCCCUUUUUUGCGGAGCUGCUUUCGAAAUAAAGUUUUGCAGCGAGUUUGUGUUGCAGUGAAUUGUUGCAUCAGUCUUUCUGUCCUGCUGUCUGUGUGUUUGGAUCGAGCGGAGGCUUUUGCAGGAAAUUUGUGGAGUUGAAAUCAGACGGGGUAGGGUACAAUCUGAAAACACAAAAAGCACACGCAGCAGCCAUGUUUGCUGAAUUUUCCUGUGAAUUUUACUCCUCUCUGGCGACUGGAAAGAAAGAUCGUACUCUUGUUCGGCUGAAUUCAAGAAAAGCAGAGAAGGAGGGAGAGGAAGUAGAAGCGAGCAGUUGACUCUUUGAGCUCUGCACCACAAGUUUCCUUCACUCUUGCUGAUCAGACCUGGAGUCAUGAGUUGUCAGGAGGUGCCGAACCCCAGCCAGGAGCCGAAGGACACGGCUGUGGUCCCCACAGAGGCCGGAGCCACACAGGCAGUGCCAACAACGUCCCCGAAGCUUCCCUCAGUGAACGUAAAGACCGAGGUGGCGUCUCCCGUUGAGUCUGUGGCCAGUAACGGCAAAGCGAGUGAUGGCAACAUACCUGCUGAGAUCUGUGUUGUUUUGGGAAGCUCUCGUAACUCUCAAACACAAGGCUCUUACAUUUGUGGAGUAUGUGGCAAAAAGUACAAGUACUACAACUGCUUUCAGACGCACGUCCGAGCUCACACAGAGACCGAGGCUGCUGCUUCUGGAGAAGGAGCAUCUCUGGGAAUCAAUAGUUCUUUCCGCUAUACAUGUGACGUAUGUGGAAAAAAAUACAAGUACUACAGCUGUUUUCAGGAGCACCGAGACCUCCAUGCAGUUGAUGAUCCGUAUGAUCACGUGAUACCAGUAGAAGACCUUAAAGAGGACACUGAAUCCUACCAGAAAAUGGGACCAAAAACGGGAAGUUACACGUGUGAGUAUUGUGGAAAACAGUACAAAUACUUCAACCCCUAUCAGGAACAUGUGGCUCUUCACGCUCCAAUGAAGGGAAAUUAUGGCCCUAAAAUGGAAGGGAAAAUGUCUAACCAGUCAGGCCAGUCCAGUCGUGCCGACAUCAACAAUUCCCAGAACUCGAGUGAUACUCCAAACAGCCGGACCUAUUCUUCCCGUCCCAGCCCUCAGAAAACCUACACGUGUGGAGCCUGUGGAAUUCAGUUCCAGUUCUACAACAACCUCCUGGAGCACAUGCAGUCCCAUGCUGCUGAUAAUGAGAACCAUGUUAAAGAUGAGUCUCCGAAGCCAUGCCAAGCGCCUGUAGCCACACAGGAGCAGAUGUGGAAAUCUCCUCAGCCGGCACAACAGAGGAACCACAUACCAUCUUUUCAGAACAGAUUACUUCCAGAAAAGGAGAGACAACAAGUAGCUGAACGUUUACUGAGAGUAAUGUGCGUAGACCUUGGCCUUCUUGGCGUCCUCAGCAGCAAAGACUUCCUGAAGCUUGCACAGACCCUGGUGGACACGGGUUCACGUAAUGGGGCCUACUCCAUUCGUGAAGCCCUGGGAGAUAUGAGCUCACUGGCAUUAAAACAGCUCCCCCGUAUGUACAAUCAGGUCAAAGUAAAAGUCACCUGUGCCCUGGGUUCCAACUCAUCCUUGGGCAUUGCAGUGACCUGCCAUUCCCAGACUAUAGGACCAGACUCCUGCUAUUUGCUGACAGCGUAUCAAGUAGAGGGUGUGCGACUCCGUCGCUAUGUCCUGGGACUCAAGGAGGCCUCGUUAAGGGAGAGUCCUGAGCAAAUACACCACUGGGUCCAGAAUGUUCUGUCAGAGUUUGUCAUGUCGGAAAUCCGCACAGUCUACGUGACAGAGCCACGCUUGUCUUCGGUAGCCUUUUGCGGUCGCACCGGAAUUGGCCUUCGUUGCGCAGGUUGCUCUCUAACAGCCACGGUUCAGGCCGUUCUCGGUCGCCGCAGCCUGCAAGCACGAGGGCUCCAUGAACUAGGAGAGCUUCUGGCUACAUGUCGCGACAUUGCUGCAACGACCAGCUUCAGUCAAGAAGGGAAAGCUGCAGAAGAGCCUGCCGCUCUGCCCUGCUGGGAUGCAGUUGCAGAGGCCUUGCUCAAGGUACACGAGAACUUUGAGGCCACCUGUGAAGCGUAUGGCCGUUCGAAGAGCACUGUGCCACUCUUGCAAGGCCUGAACAAGCACCUGCUUGGCACGCUUGCAUGUUUGCUUGCGCCGCUAAGACAGGCAGCACAGGAACUGAGUGUGGAACGCUGCCCCACACUCCAACACGUCCUUCCCGUCUACCUCCGUCUCGAAAAACUUUUCACCUCCAAAGCCGGUGAAGCGGGUGCUGGCAGUAAGCUUUGCCACUACUUCCUGGAAGCCCUGAAGGAGAACUUCAAAGUGGAACGCGUCCAUCAAGUCGCAAUGAUCCUGGAUCCACAGCUUAAGCUGCGGCCAGUCCCUGCGUACCAGCAUGAGGAUAUUAUCUCAAGGGUGUGUGACAUGGCUGCUAAUAUGAGGGAAUCAAGAAGCAGUGGUUCUGGGGGUAUGUCUGUGGACGAGCGGGAUAGCGAAGGACCGUCAGCACCAAAGCGUGGCCGCCUGGACUGUGGAUUGGAGAGGCCAUCGUGCGAUGCUGAAGAGCCACAGGUACGAAAAGAGUUGUUCCAGUACCUCGGCGAACCACUCUUCAAUGGCACAGGUGACCUGUUGCAGUACUGGAGUUCGGUCAUGGACAGAUACCCCAGGCUGUCGCGGUUAGCGCUGUGGUUGCUGGCUGUACCGGCUGUAGCUGUGCAUGGAGAGUGCGUGAACAUCUGCGAGGAGACCUUAGCCAUGAAAAGAAAGCAGCAGGUCACUGCGGAGGAGAUGAACAAGCUGGUCUUCCUCAAGAGCAAUUUUGCUUGAGAUGGCUCAGGACUUUCAGCUAAUGGCACCAUAGACUGUUUGAAAUGGAGACUUUUUGAACCAGAUGUGCCGGUCACUUCUCUUUACUUCCAAAAAUCCUGUUUUACCGUAAGUGUCCAUCAAUGAGGCACAUGAUAGAAAUUUACCAAGGAAAAAGGUACAUUGACAACUAAUUCACAAACACCCCUUCAGACCAUACAGUAGCUUGACAUUGGCAGUGGCAACAGAAGCAACUCGAUGAAAAUACAGUCUGCGUGAGGACACGGAUGUGAACUUGUGUUUUCGAUGUUUCGGUUAAACUAUCGCUUAAAAUUGUGAUGUGUUUUUAUCAGUAUGUGGUUCAUCCAUCUCUCUUUUCUUUCUGUGGAAUCCAUCUGAAAUUUAGUCAAUGGAUUAUUGAAAUCAUACACAACAUACUUUCCAUCGAGAGAAGGAAAAAACGGGGUACUUAGAACAAGCCAUUUCUUUGCAAUUACGCCUUUAUGAAAACCACAAACACUCUUUGCUGUGACAUCCGAACGAUACCUCUCUUUAGCAGUUUAUCAGAGGGCAGAUCAAGCUUGUAGAGGUGUAAGUCUUGUCUUAGGCAGGCCCUGAUUCAGUAAUCUCAGUUAACCGGUUUGAGUGUGUUAAGCUCUUGUUCAGCCUCAGGAGUUUAAGGCCAGCAGAACUUAAAAUUUAUACUUGGGUCACAUAGAUAAAUGAUUUUGCAAUUAUUUAUUUUAAUUCUUUUUUGUCAGUUCUCACAAUAACGUUGCAAUAAAUGUUCCGUAGCAGAAGUUAUACUAUCAAGCUGACGUUGAUGCCUUGCACCUUUGUAGCAGCCUUUUUUUCCAUUACAGCACACUGGGAUAAUUUCCUUCUACAAUACAAUCUGCAAUACCUGAAACACUUAAACCCCAAGAUUGGAUCCCCAAUAAUAUUGGGUUAUGGAAGUAUAUAGGAAUGAUCUGAUGUUCCAGUCCAGUGGAUCUGAUUUAUUUAUUUUUUUAUUUUUUUUAAUUCAGAUCUUGUUUCUGAAAAAGUGGGAAUAGGGCUAUGAAAUACAGAAACUGUCUGUCUCUCACUGUCUCGGUACAAACCUCCUUGAACAGAGGCAGCUAACUGCAUUAUUGUUUGAAUGCAUUUUAAGAGGACAAAGCUAAACAAAUAUUUCAUUAUUUAUGCACUGGAUUUCUCUUAUCAUUAUUUUCCUCAUUUAUCUACAGCAGGUAAUUCGAUUAGUGAUAACAUUAACUAGAAUAAAAUCAUUGCCUAGAUUAGGAAUAAAGUAUCUUUUAAAAGUAGUUUGUCAUUGUGAAUAAUUGCCAUUUCCGGACAGAUUUGUAGUUUUAUCUUAUAAUACUCAUGCUUCCUCAUAAUGGUUUCGCCCUCAUGAAUUUCCACUGCCUUUGAACAACUGUUCAUUUCAAAAUUGUUCUAGUAAACCGACAGAAGUAACAAUUUUCACUUCCAUAAUAAAAUAAAUGAUCUUCAAGAGUA